GCUGCCCUGUUGUUGCUGUGCUGGAAACCCCGUACUGACUUUCUGAAGGGACCCAAGAUGGCUGAAUGCUCACAGGGGGUGCAGUUAACAAUUAUCUAGAUAAGCAACAUGAUUGAAAUGAAUGACAAAUAAUGUUAGUAUGUGAAACAUAACAUUGGGGGAGUUAUACGAUUACAACUUGAUGGUCUGCCUCAUUUUGAAAUGCAAGGACACCCAGUAAGGAGAGAGACGGAUUUCUCCGCGGCCCGGAGCCAGAACAUGGCGGAACACUUGGGAAAUAAAUAGCUAGCUAGCAGCUAACGUAUUAUAGAGAGCCACAUAGCUGAUCGGAAACGUCGGGGGCAAUAUUGAACGACACUGGUUGCGGUUCGUAAACGGGCAAUAAUGUAACCGGUGUAACCGGUGUAUUUGUCGAUGUAUAAUAAUGUACUGUUUUCAUAAGAUGUUGAAUGUAGCUAGGCAGUUAGCCGACUAGCUAGCUAACGUGCUAGCUAGUUAGCUCCGGUAGAUAGCUAGCUAGCUAGCAUACAGCAAUUAUCUCAGUGUACUAUAGCUGAAGUCCUCUAACGUAGCCACACUAUUACACUGAAUGUUUCCCAUUCGAACAUAGUUUUCAUACGUAUUAUUUGGUCUAUGAUUGUACUGUUCGUGUAGCUAAUUUCUGAAGGAGAAUGUGUAACUAGCUAGCUAGCAAACUGGUCUGCUAGACAGCGCGAGUUGACGCGUCGUAGCCUUUCUAGUCUGCGCGAGACAAGUUUUGUGGAAGCCAGCUAGCAUCUGUAGCAAGCUACAAAUAGCGAACAGUGAUAACUAGCUAGAUAAUAUAGUUUCUGAACUCUACUUACUAAGUGGAUCUACAGUAGUUGAUCCUCACAACCACCAUACUAGGCAGUUGGUAGAGUUGGUGCGAGGUAAACAGAAAUCGGCUGGGGAAAGCGGUCACGACCACCUGCCAAAAUGACGGACACCCGCCGCCGAGUCAAAGUGUAUACGCUCAACGAGGACAGACAAUGGGACGACCGCGGCACGGGACACGUCUCCUCGGGCUAUGUAGAGAGGCUGAAAGGCAUGUCUCUGCUGGUGCGAGCGGAGAGCGAUGGUGAGUCAGGUAAAAGUAUUGUCAUACUCUCACUAAUACUCACAACCAUUGAUUGAUUACUAUACUAUUUGUUCUGAUCAUGUCAUGAUGAUGAUGAUGUUGUUGAUAACACCUAGCUAGCUAACUGUAAACAAACUACAUAGCCUCGUUUUUUGUGUGCUAUUAUGAAAACAGUCAAAAGAGGAGCCUCUAUAUCUAAUGAGUGGGCGGUCCAUUGAGCCCUUGAGGUCCUAUACAAGUCACUGAUCCUGAAUCUUCAUACUAUGUGCACUAAAAUAUAUAAACAGAUAGCUUUUUUUUUAAAAUCUAGCUAGAAGUGAUCAUGGAAUAUCAUGCCCCAUCUCUUUCCUCCACAGUUGUAUUGAGCCAGGCCCCUGUUGGAAACACUGCUCAGUCCAAGCAGUAUGUCAUCGCCUUACAGUUACAUAAUCACACUGCCCCCACAGCCUCCCAAAGAGGGACCGAGAUACACAACUCCCGAUUUAGCCCCCCCCUCUCGUCCUGUUGCAGCAGUGAGCUGCGUCCACCUCAGCUUUAGAAGUCUUUGUGCAAAGCUGCAUGUUAGUUUUUGGUGUUAUUGCUAACACGCUUUGUGUUUCUUCACACCCUCAGGUUCCCUACUGCUGGAGUCGAAGAUUAACCCAAACACAGCCUACCAGAAACAACAGGUCAGUCACUUGCUAGACGAAGACACUUGAAUGUUAGUAUAAUGUCUCCUGUCUUAUUCGAAAAGUGUAUUUGUGAUGGUAAUAGUGCUGUUUUGUCUCUUUCCAUCAGGACACGUUGAUAGUGUGGUCGGAGGCUGAGAACUAUGACCUGGCCCUCAGCUUCCAGGAGAAGGCCGGCUGCGAUGAGAUCUGGGAGAAAAUCUGUCAGGUAAUCACACUUUUCUUCUCUGUGUGUGCGCGUUUGUUGUGUGUGUACGUAUUAGAUUAAGGUGGAACAUGCUCAACUCGGUCUUGUGGCUAGAAGCCAAAAAUCCACUAAUAAUUAAGUAGUAAUAGUUUAGCACUCACUUAAAGUAACAGCAGAUACUUAGAAUUUUAGAAAAUCUAAGUAUGGUUUAAAGGUAAGAGCAUGCAUGUUCGUGUAUAUCUAAUGUCUUCAUGUGUUGUGUUUUGACUUGUGUGUCUCUCUGUUGACUUGUGUGUCUCCCCUAAUGUUGUGGUGUUAGAACUUGGUUUGUUCAUGUGAUUUUUGACUCCUGUGUCUCCGUCCCAUCUCUACCAGGUCCAGGGCAAGGACCCGUCGGUGGACAUCACCCAGGAGCUGGUGGAUGAGUCGGAGGAGGAGCGCUUCGACGACAUGUCCUCCCCGGGGCUCGAGCUCCCGCCCUGCGAGCUGGGCCGCCUCGAGGAGCUCGCCGAACUUGUGGCCUCCUCCCUCCCUUCGCCCUUACGCCGUGAGAAACUGGCCCUGGCCGUGGAGAACGAGGGCUACAUCCGCAAGCUCCUGGAGCUCUUCCGCCAGUGUGAGGUCCUAGAAAACGCUGAUGGCCUCCACCACCUCUACGAGAUUGUCAAGGGCAUCUUCCUGCUGAACCGCACUGCCCUGUUCGAGGUCAUGUUCUCCGAGGAGUGCAUCAUGGACGUGAUUGGCUGCCUGGAGCACGACCCGGCGCUGGGGGCGGCGCCCCGCCGCCACCGUGACUUCCUCACUAAGACUGCCCGCUUCAAGGAGGUGAUCCCCAUUGGCGACCCUGAGCUGCGCGCCAAGAUCCACCAGACGUACCGCGUGCAGUACAUCCAGGACAUGGUGCUGCCCACGCCGUCGGUGUUCGAGGAGAACAUGCUCUCCACGUUGCACUCGUUUAUCUUCUUCAACAAGGUGGAGAUUGUGGGCAUGCUGCAGGUGAGUUGGUGGGGACACGGGGAGGGGGCAUGCAUGCACAGUGAACACAAAUAUGUUGUGUAUUUAUUCCUCAUUAUUAUCUUGCUAGUAUUUUUUUAUUUUUUUUACAUUUUUCUCUCUGCAUUGUUGGGAAGGUCCCGGAAGUAAGCAUUUCACUGUUAGUCUACACCUGUUGUUUACCAAGCAUGUGACUAUUUGAUUUUGAUUUGAAAUAAGGACACAGAGGGAGCACACACAGUCAGGACAACAUAGGCCAGAGGAAGUAAUGCACAUGGGGAGCAGCGAGCGUGCUGUACUGGUGAAAUGUCAGCGAUUUCUGCGUUUGGUUUUAUUUUGGUUUUAUUUUUCUUAUGAUAUCCAUAUAAACCCCUGUCUGACAAGUCUCCUUGUCAUUGGCGAAAAGACUGGCCUUUUGGCAAUCUCAACAUUCAAUAUGCGCAAACAUUUAGCUGUUAGCUAGGCAAGUUGUUGUAUUUUAAGGUAUUUUGUGGUAUUUAGUUAGAGAAUUUAGAUGUGAGCUAGCAACUUUUGACAGACUGGUUUCAUCUGGACAAACAAACUGCUUAGGAACCGGAUACCAACGUGUUGUGAUUGGACGAUAGCUGUGAGGGUGAUCUCCUCGAGCUCAUUAAUUAGACUGUUCAUAUUUGAAGAUGGCAGAAAGGCCAGUCUCUUUGGUAAAUGACAUGAAGUACAGAGACUUAUACACAGGCUAUAUAAACCUUUGUGAACCAUACCUGGAGCCCAGAGUUUUCUCUGGCCAGGUUUAUUCUCCUGGCCCUAACCCCACUGCUUGGUCAGCCUGGCCCUAACCACUCCGCUUGGAACUUAAAUAAAUGUUCAGCCAUUGUAUAAGUACAGAGGCACCAGAUAAGGUGUAGUGUAGAUGACUACUGUGUGUUGUUGCUAUACAGUAAGCCUGUGCUUUUUUUUAGUUUGUCUUGUGUGUGCUGUACCCAUUGUCAAUGAUUGGCUGCUUUUAUUACAUUUACAUUUUAGUCAUUUAGCAGACGCUCUUAUCCAGAGCGACUUACAGUUAGUGCUUACAUAAUUUUAUCGAACCCACAACCCUGGCGUUGCAAACGCCAUGCUCUACCAACUGAGCUACAUCCCCUGCCGGCCAAAUCCCUUUUAUGGUGAAAUUAUGUUUGUUUUUGCAUUGUCAACUCCCCGCCUUGUUGGUAGUCUCCGUAGAAACGCCAGAGUGUUUUGUAAACAAGUUAUGCUGCGUUGGGGAAACAGACAGACAUGGGCUGUGUUCAUCAGGCACCAAAGGGAAGAAAGCAGACUGAAGCAGGGAGGGACUAGCUGGGCUUGUCCAAUAAGCAAAGUUAAUUUGCUGACUCUGAAACUAGGCUAACUAUGGUAAAACUGUUGUGACAAGGACUAGGAAUUACUUGGGUGCCGAUACAAUAUGUACACUGAACAACAAUAUAAACACAACAUUUUAAAGUGUUGGUCCCAUGUUUUAUGAGCUGAAAUAAAAGAUCCCAAGAAUUUGUCCAUACGCACAAAGUUUAUUUCUCUCAAAUUUUGUGCACAAAUUUGUUUACAUCCAUGUUAGUGAGCCUUUCUCUUUUGCCAAGAUAAUCCAUUCACCUGACAGGUGUGGCAUAUCAAGAAGCUGAUUAAACAGCAUGAUCAUUACACAGGUGCACCUUGUGCUGGGGACAAUAAAAGGCCACUCUAAAAAGUGCAGUUUUGUUAACCCAACACAAUGCCACAGAGGUUUUGAGGGAGUGUGCAAUUGGCAUGCUGACUGCAGGAAUGUCCAGCAGAGCUCUUGCCAGAGAAUUGAAUUCAUUUCUGUACCAUAAGCCGUCGUUUUAGAGAAUUUGGCAGUAUGUCCAACCGGCCUCACAACCGCAGACCAUGUGUAUGGCGUUGUGUGGGCGAGCGGUUUGCUGAUGUCAACAUUGUGAACAGAGUGCCCCAUGGUGGCGGUGGGGUUAUGGUACGGGCAGGCAUAAGCUACGGACAACAAACACUAUUGCAUUUUAUCGAUAGCAAUUUGAAUGCACAGAGAUACCGUGACGAGAUCCUGAGGCCCAUUGUUGUGCCAUUCAGCCACCGCCAUCACCUCAUGUUUCAGCAUGAUAAUGCACGGCCCCAUGUUGCAAGGAUCUGUACACAAUUCCUGGAAGCUGAACAUGUCCCAGUUCUUCCAUGGCUUGCGUACUCACCAGACAUGUGACCCAUUGCGCAUGUUUGGGAUGCUCUGGACCAAGUUCCCGCCAAUAUCCAGUAAUGUCGCACAGCCAUUUAAGAGGAGUGGGACAACAUUCCACAGGCCACAAUCAACAGCCUGAUCAACUCUAUGUCACACUGCUUGAGGCAAAUGGUGGUCACACCAGAUACUGACUGGUUUUCUUUCUGUGACCAACAUAUGCAUAUCUGUAUUCCCAAUCGUAUGAAAUCCAUAGAUUAGGGUCUAAUUUAUUUAAAUUGACUGAUUUCCUUAUGAACUGUAACUCAGUAAAAUCGUUCUAUUUUUGUUCAGUAUAUUACGAUUCUAAAUGUGUUCCGAUUCUGCGAUUUUUAAAUGUUCCAAACAUUGCUAUAUGUCUGCUGCAGAGGGACGAGAGAGCCAUGCGAAAACGAGGUUUUGAUCAGUCAUGGAAAUAAAAGUGCUGAAAAGAAGAAGAGAACGCGCUAUAGAAUGUAAGAGUUUUGGCACAGUACGGCCCAUUAGCGCAAAAAUAAUAUUGCGAUAACGGAAAAAAUGAUAUUGCAAUAUAAGUAAAAAAUUAUGUGCCUAUAUGUAACAAUCUAUUUUUCCCCUAUCGCUAAUGAGGACUUCUCAUAACGGUCCUUUAUCUAGGCAGAGGUUUUCAACUUCCUGUUACGGCUCUAACCUGGCCAGUCUGUCCCCUGUGAGUCAGGGUUGUGUUUAGCUAAAACGUUUUUCAACUAAAAGUUCAAAUGAGUGUUGUACUUCUUCCUUUUGGGGAAAAAAUGGUCUUGUUUCGUGCCUAUUGAAACAACCACAGUGUAAACGCAGCAUGGUGGGACAGCUAAACAUCAGCAGACCUAUUUACCACGCAAGCUUCAGAUACAAAUUGCCUUCAUAGGCACAGAUCUAGGAUCAGCUUUACCCCUCUCCAACUCUAACCAUAGCCAUUUAGGAGUCAAACUCAAAAACUGACAGUAGAUCUGUGUCCUUGUGCAACUUUAUCCCGUUAUCCUCCUUCUCAUCCUUUGUGUUCUCUUGGUUUUCUUUCCUUCCCGGUCAGGAUGAUGAGAAGUUCCUGACCGACCUCUUUGCACAGCUCACAGACGAGUCCACAGACGACGACAAGCGAUACGAACUGGUACGCCAACUGACAUCAGCACAGACGCCACUAAUGCCGGAUUCCCACUAUAUACCCGAGCAAGCUAGGUCUCAUAACCAGGCCUUAUAAUGUCAAUCAAGCACAAGGGUUUAUUGUGACAAAAUGGUCAAAUAUUACCACUUUUCUGACACCCUGUAUAGUAGUCAUGGGCUAACAUGAAGUUCUCUUCCCCACAGGUAAACUUCCUGAAGGAGUUCUGCGCCUUCUCCCAGACGUUGCAACCUCAAAACAGAGAAGCCUUCUUCAAGACGCUGUCGAACAUGGGCGUUCUCCCUGCACUAGAGGUGGUACUGGUGAGAGCACACACAGCACUCCAGACCUGGGUCAUACACAUGUCAAAUACUUGAAAGUGUUUGAGGAUUUUGUCAUAGUCUGGGGGAGAAGGACAAAUGUAUUGUUUGUAAAAUGUGACAAAAUGGCAGCUGUUCUUGCCGUGAUUAUGGUCUGUGUGUAAGUUUAAAGUUUUAUUAGUCGUAUGUAUGGCAUACACCGUCCAAUGAGAAGCUUACCUGCAGGUUCCUUCUGGACAAUGCAACAACAAUAAGAAAUAAUAAAAUAUGAGAAUACGAACAUAAAGUAAAUGUCUCAGUAGAACAGAAUAAACAUUUUAGCAUCAGUAUAAUACAGGAAGCCACAAUUUAUAGUCUUAAUAUUUACAUGUGUUUUGGGGAAGAGGGGAUUGGUGCAGUAUUUAGCGGUCAUGUAAUUUAGUUUUGUGUUUUCUGCACGUAAAUAAAUAAUAGUGUCUUAUAAGCCCAUGUAAGCUGGCCACCAAUGAGCUGGCCCCACCAAUAGGUGUAUGACACUGGAAUAAAAACAAUCAAUCAAAAUGUAAUUGAUUAAGCUUGGGCAUUAGGGUUGGAAAUGGAAAGGCACUUUUGGGACCGUUCCAUUCAAGCGUUUUGACCAGCGUACUAAGGUGCCAUCAGCCUUUAACAAUUACUAACAAACUUAGAUGUUUUUUCCUUUACUAACUACUUUAUAAUAAUGUUGUUUUAUUCCAGUCUACUCUGUUCUACUCCUUAAUAUUCUAUUCCAUUGUGUUCUGUGUGCGUGCCAUCAGGGGAUGGAUGAUGUGCAGGUGCGCGGCGCAGCCACCGAUAUCUUCUCCUAUCUGGUGGAGUACAACCCCUCUAUGGUACGAGAGUUUGUCAUGCAGGAGUCCCAGCAGAAUGACGACGUGAGUACAGCUUUCACCCUAUACCAGGGAUGUGUUUACUAUGAACCAAACGGAAUUCAGCGGAGAGGGACCUGCCUGAAUUUGUCCUAUAGGAAACGGGUCAUUGCAAAAUGUUUUCCAUUUGGCGUAAACGGUUUGCGUUGAAAAAAGUUUGGAACUGAAUCUGCUACGGUCUUCGUCUAAUGAAUGCAUCCCCCAUAGUAGGACAUCCGAGAUGCUAACCUCAGAGUUAUGGACUAUCGAAAUGGGACAAAUAUAAAACAAACAAAAAACAGACUUCUGUAUCGGCUAUAGACAAACGUAAAUGUUGCGUGUGUUAAAACGCAUCAGACAUUCACAGUAUUGGGCUAGGCCUAAAUGAAAUCAAUGCUUGUUUUGGUUUUUAAGUGAAUUUCAAAGUUACGGAUAUUUCAGUGUUCCGAUCGACAAUCGACCUCCAUUCCCAACAUGUUAAUAUCUCUUGAGGUCGUACCGUAUGGGCAUCUGGGUCGUUUCUAAAGAACAUCUUGUUCUGCCCCUUGAGGCAAUUAGCGCGGAUAGAGCAAUUUGCUAUGGAAUGGGUAAGCUAGUUGUUUACGUGUUUGAUUGGUAAUACAAGUGACAUUUCAGAGGUGGGAAGAGAGCGAUAAACAGGGGUGGACAUGGAGGGGACCGGGCUUGAAGCGUUGAACAUCAUGAUGUUUAGGCCAUUACUAGUAUCGGAACAUUAUUACCCGGUUCUCAAGAUUUUAAAAUAAGGGUUCUGUUCCGGAACACUAGAGAUCACUUUCGGUUCUGUUUCCGUUCCUGAAAAUGUUGUUAUUUUCCGGUGUUCUGUUCCCUGAACUGGUUCCAACCCCUGGUUGGAACAUUAUGAGUGCUGGUGUUCCAGGUUGUCGUUUUUGCUGUUGCGCUGCUGUGCAUUUCAGGAGAAUUCUAGGCUUAUGUCCCAUCAAUGAGGUUCCUGAGAUGUUAAACACUUUUACAGGCAUUGUGAUCCUGAAUCCUUUGGUAAUUUGUACAGCUUGACUGCAAUAAAGAUGACCUGGAACGCCACCAUUGUGCAUGAUGCUGAGUUCACAUAGGCGACUCAUCAUGCCAGGACGAAACCUGAUGUCAUUGUUUGCAAUGAGACAAUGAUGCCUAAAACGUUUAACCUUUUGCCUUCUGUUAGUCAUCAUGAAUAGUCUUAAGCUAACUCAAACAAUAACUAGGCUCAUUUUAAUGUUUAUCAUCAGGAUAUGUUUAGCAACAUCUCCUACAGUCUAGCUAGGAAGUUUGGCUGUACAAAGCGCCAUAUAUAUUCAAUUUGGAUUUUUGGAUGUAGCUAAGCUAGCAUGUUCUUCAAACCAGCCAGCCAAGCAAACUGACAUGCAACAUUGGGUAGUCCACUUCUGACAUUCUUUGAGUCACCUAUAUGUUUUUAAACGUAGCAUGAGUGCUAGUGGUGAUAUUGCCUCUAGACACUGAUCUUGGAUCAGUUUUGCAUUUCCCCCUACUAAUGGUUAAGGUUCGUCUUGGGGGAGGGGAAGCUGAUCCUAGUUCUGUCCCUAGGGGAGCAGUGCUAAUGGUGUCUGUCUAAAGUCUCUCUUGUAUCUCCCACCGUGUCUCUCCCAGGACAUUCUGCUGAUCAACCUGAUCAUCGAGCACAUGAUCUGUGACACGGACCCCGAGCUGGGUGGCGCCGUGCAGCUGAUGGGCCUGCUGCGCACCCUGGUGGACCCCGAGAACAUGCUGGCUACCGCCAACGUGAGUAGAGCGCCUCGCUUCUUACCUGUUAACCUCUCACCCUUUCUUACCCCUUUCACCCUGAGCUAACACCCCUCACCCCGGGAACAUGCUGGUCAUCGCCAACAAAAGUCUAGUUGCCUCUCACACCUCUCUCCUCUGACCCCGAGACGACACCUCUCUCCUCUGACCCCGAGACGACACCUCUCUCCUCUGACCCCGAGACGACACCUCUCUCCUCUGACCCCGAGACCACACCUCUCUCCUCUGACCCCGAGACGACACCUCUCUCCUCUGACCCUGAGAUAGUGGCUGGAAUCGACUCCUAGCUCCUCCCUGGGCUGGAUUUAAAAUCUACUAGGCAUACUUCAUAGUGGCUCUGUGACUGUUUUGUGACUCCACCACGCACCGCACCUAGGGCUUCACACAGAGAUUUAGGUGCAUGCCAGUAUGUGCAACUAAGGAGAUCACUUGGUGUGAACGCAACUUAAAACCCAAACCCAGUGUAAGCCAAAAACUAUUAACUCCCUAGGCACUUCCUCUAGACCAGUGGUUUUUAAACCUCUCCUCUGGGGACCCCCAGACAUUUCUCAAUUUUGUUGUAGCCCUUAACUAGCUACACUUGAUUCAUCUAAUGAAGGGCUUGAUGAUUAGUUGACAAGUUGAAUCAGGUGUGCUAGCUGUGGAACUGCCUUGCGUCCCAGACGAGCGGUUUGAGAACCCCUGGUCUAGAGCGCCUGUUUGCAACAGUUUGUCUCUGGUCCUCCUGCAGAAAACUGAGAAGACUGAGUUCCUGAGCUUCUUCUACAAGCACUGCAUGCACGUCCUCUCUGCUCCUCUGCUGGCCAACACCACGGACGACAAACUCAGCAAAGGUGAGUCCAUCAAUCCCCUGUAUGUAUGUGUUCGUGUAUCUGUCCCUGGCCAAAUAAACCAUACAUUUUAAGUUCCACUGUAAAUGUGUGAGUUCUCUGAUUAUCAUGAUGAUGGACACAUUCACUGAAAGUUAUACACACACACACUCCAUAUGAGCCACUGUACUGUAUGUGUGUGUGUGUGCUUUAUGAUAGGUAUGAACACACACCCCCCUCCCCCCAAACGCACACCGUUAACACUCUCCCCCUUUAGAUGACUUCCAGACGUCUCAGCUGCUGGCGCUGAUCCUGGAGCUGCUGACGUUCUGUGUGGAGCACCACACGUACCACAUCAAGAACUACAUCAUCAACAAGGACGUCUUGCGCCGGGUCCUGGUUCUCACCGCCUCGCAGCACGCCUUCCUGGCCCUUUGUGAGUCCCCUAUAUACAUACAUACAUACAUACACACUGUAUAGUCAGGGGUUAAAGUUCGCUGUUACUGCGACGGAUUUUUGUCAUAUGGAUUCUGGAGAGGUCGUUUUCUUUUGUAGAUCCGCAAUAAAAAAUAUCUGGGGUGGGGGGGGGGUGUUUAACAGUGUGUGUUUGGGGAUAGGUGUGUUCAUAACAAUCAUAAUGCACUCACACACACACAUAUACAGUACAUUGGGGGGGGGGGGGGGGGUAGUUUGGCCUAAUACAUAAGCAUCUCUGUUCUACUAAAUAUAUUCCCAAAUAAAUGUAUAUGUCAAAUAUUUUAUUUUCUCUUACGCUGUAUGCACUGAACUGACAUGCACGAUUGUUGCUGACACUCCAAUGUUCAGAUGAAGGGAAUUAAUGUAUUAAUCUAUAAUGCGCAUCACUCAGACAGCGAUGUAUAGCCUAGUCUUUUUAUCACUCAGGAUGGAACUUUCCAGUGCUACUAUUUUUGCAAUGUAAUGUUAUUAAAACGAAAUCAGACAACCCCAUAGUAGAAUAGUUUACCUAGUCGGCUUGUGUGUUCUAUGUGAGAAAAAUAUUCCCCUCGAGGCGCAUUCAAGUUGCGAGAGCCAUAGGGAGGGAAACGUAUUCUGACGAGCAGUCAAUGCACAACCAUUCUUAAUGCAAUCGCAGGAAAACACUUUUGAAAGCAGUUUACGCAAAUGUAUUUUGUGAGCAGUUUUUGGCCUUUUAAAAAAGAGUGGGAUCCCAGUUUUCCAUUGCUACCACGUUUAUUUAUAUUUCUCUUGCUCGAGUGGCAUCGUUUUGCAAGUGCAGGUACAACCGGAGUUCAAGCAUGUUAGGCGCAGCUUCGCAACAUAGCUCUUAAAGGGGCAAUGGCAUCUUAAAAUGGCAAUGGCAUAGCCCUACUUUGUAACAGAAACCAAAAUAAUCAACAUUUUCGAGUGAAUAAUAAUUAAUAAUCAGCCUAUAUAUACACACUACCGUUCAAAAGUUUGGGGUCUCUUAGAAAUGUCCUCGUUUUCGAAAGAAAAGCAUUUUUUUGUCCAUUUUAAAAAAAAAAAUAUCAUCGAAUUGAUCAGAAAUACAGUGUAGACAUUGUUAAUGUUGUAAAUGGCUAUUGUAGCUGGAAACGGCUGAUUUUUAAUGGAAUAUCUACAUAGGCGUACAGAGGCCCAUUAUCAGCAACCAUCAGUCCUGUGUUCCAAUGGCACGUUGUGUUUGCUAAUCCAAGUUUAUCAUUUUAAAAGGCUAGUUGAUCAUUAGAAAACCCUUUUGCAAUUAUGUUAGCCCAGUUGAAAACUGUUGUGCUGAUUAAAGAAGCAAUAAAACUGGCCUUCUUGAGACUAGUUGAGUAUCUGGAGCAUCAGUAAUUGUGGGUUCGAUUACAGGCUCAAAAUGGCCAGAAACAAAGAUCUUUCUUCUGAAACUCGUCAGUAUAUUCUUGUUCUGAGAAAUGAAGGCUAUUCCAUGCGAGAAAUUGCAAAAAAAACUGAAGAUCUCAUACAACGCUGUGUACUACUCCCUUCACAGAACAGCGCAAACUGGCUAUAACCAGAAUAGAAAGAGGAGUGGGAGGCCCCGGUGCAAAACUGAGCAAGAGGACAAAUACAUUACAGCUUCUAGUUUGAGAAACAGACGCCUCACAGGUCCUCAACUGGCAGCUUCAUUAAAUAGUACCCGUAAAACACCAGUCUCAACGUCAACAGUGAAGAGGCGACUCCGUGAUGCUGACCUUCUAGGCAGAGUUGCAAAGAAAAAGCCAUAUCUCAGACUGGCCAAUAAAAAUAAAAGAUGGGCAAAAGAACACAGACACUGGACAGAGGAAGAUAGGAAAAAGUGUCAUGGACAGACGAAUCGAAGUUUGAGGUGUUCGGAUCACAAAGAAGAACAUUUGUGAGACGCAAACCAAAUGAAAAGAUGCUGGAGGAGUGCUUGAUGCUAUCUGUCAAACAUGGUGGAGGCAAUGUGAUGGUCUGGGGGUGCUUUGGUGGUGGUAAAGUGGGAGAUUUGUACAGGGUAAAAGGGAUCUUGAAGAAGGAAGGCUAUCACUCCAUUUUACAACGCCAUGCCAUACCAUGUGGACGGCGCUUGAUUGGAGCCAAUUUCCUCCCACAACAGGACAAUGACCCAAAGCACAGCUCCAAACUAUGCAAUAACUAUUUAGGGAAGAAGCAGUCAGCUGGUAUUCUGUCUAUAAUGCAGUGGCCAGCACAGUCACCGGAUCUCAACCCUAUUGAGCUGAAGUGUCCAUCAAGCCAAUCCAACUUGUGGGAGGUGCUUCAGGAAGCAUGGGGUGAAAUAUCUUCAGAUUACCUCAACAAAUUGACAACUAGAAUUCCAAAGGUCUGCAAGGCUGUAAUUGUUGCAAAUAGAGGAUUCACCUGUAUUUGGGGAGUUUCUCCCCUCUCAAGCUGUCAGGUUGGAUGGGGAGCAUGGCUGUACAGCUAUUUUCAGGUGUCUUCAGAGAUGUUCGAUUGGGUUCAAGUCCGGGCUCUGGCUGGGCCACUCAAGGACAUUCAGAGACUUGUCCCGGAGCCACUCCUAUGUUGUCUUGGCUGUGUGCUUAGGGUUGUUGUCCUGUUGGAAGGUGAACCUUUGCCCCAGUCUGAGGUCCUGAGCGCUCUGGAGCAGGUUUUCAUCAAGGAUCUCCCUGUACUUUCCUCCGUUCAUCUUUCGCUCGAUCCUGACUAGUCUCCCAGUCCCUGCCGCUGAAAAACAUCCCCACAGCAUGAUGCUGCCACCACCAUGCUUCACCGUAGAGAUGGUGCCAGGGUUCCUCCAGACGUGACGCUUGGCAUUCAGGCCAAAUAGUUCAAUAUUGGUUUCAUCAGACCAGAAAAUCUUGUUUCUCAUGGUCUUAGAGUCUUUAGGUGCCUUUUGGCAAACUCCAAGCAGGCUGUCAUGUGCAUUUUACUGAGGAGUGGCUUCCGUCUGGCCACUCUACCAUAAAGGCCUGAUUGGUGGAGUGCUGCAGUGAUAUUUGUCCUUCUGGAAGAUUCUCCCAUCUCCACAGAGGAACUCUAGAGCCCUGUCAGAGUGACCAUCGGGUUCUUGGUCACCUCCCUGACCAAGGCCCUUCUCCCCCGAUUGCUCAGUUUGGCCGGGCGGCCAGAUCUAGGAAGACUUGGUGGUUCCAAACUUUUCCAUUUAAGAAUGAUGGAGGCCACUGUGUUCAUGGGGGCCUUCAAUGCUGCAGACUGUUUUUGGUACCAUUCCACAGAUCUGUGCCUUCGACAUAAUCCUGUCUCGGAGCUCUACGGACAAUUCCUUCAACCUCAUGGCUUGGUUUUUGCUCUGACAUGCACUGUCAGCUGUGGGACCUUAUAUAGACAGGUGUGUGCCUUUUUUAAAAAGUUGUAGAAAUAUCUCAAGGAUUAUCAAUGGAAACAGGAUGCACCUGAGCUCAAUUUUGAGUCUCAUUGUCAAGGGUUUGAAUACUUAUAUAAAUAAUUUCUGUUUUAUUUUUAAUGAAUUUGCAAACAUAUCUAAACACCUGUUUUCGCUUUGUCAUUAUGGGGUACUGUGUGUAGAUUGAGGGGGGAAAAAAGUAUUUAAUCAAUUUUAGAAUAAGGCUGUAACAUAACAAAGUGGAAAAAGUAAAGGGGUCUGAAUACUCUCCGAAUGCACUGUAUAGCUGAUGUGAAAUCACUACUUAGUAGCUAGCGAUAGUAGUAACGUGAGUAACGGCCAUCGUGCAAGUGACGUUACCUUCCCUUAGACACAAAAGUCAACGUAAUAGACUAGUCUCUUGGCCUGUCAGUUAGCACGGCUGGCUUUGGGUGGCAGGGUCCCUGGGUCUAACUCUGCUUUGGGCAGACAGGGACGGAAGCUAUAUUGUCACACAGUGCUGACACUCCCUGUCUCCUUCUCCACCCUCUCCCCUUCUCUCUCUCUCACUCUCACUCUCACUCUCACUCUCACUGUCGGUCUGUCUGUCUGUUCUCUGUCUCCCCCUUACCCUCUCCUCCAGGUGCGCUGCGCUUCAUGCGGCGGAUCAUCGGUCUGAAGGACGAGUUCUAUAACCGCUACAUCAUAAGGAACUUCCUGUUUGAGCCCGUGGUCAAGGCUUUCCUCAACAACGGUACCCGCUACAACCUCAUGAACUCGGCCAUCAUAGAGAUGUUUGAGUAUGUCCGCGUGGUGAGUUUUCUUCCGCUUCCAAUGUCUCAUCCUUUUGUGAUUAACUUUUGAUUGUAAUUUUCAAAUAUAUACACUGAAAUAAAUAAAUUAGGCCCUUAUCUAUGGAUGUCACAUGACUGGGAAUACAGAUAUGCAUCUGUUGGUCACAGAUACCUUAAAAAGAAAAGGUAGGGGCGUGGAUCUGAAAACCAGUCAGUAUCUGGUAUGACCACCAUUUGCCUCAUGCAGCGCGACACAUCUCCUUCGCAUAGAGUUGAUCAGGCUGUUGAUUGUGGUCUGUGGAAUGUCAUCCCACUCCUCUUCUAUGGCUGUGCGAAGUUGCUGGAUAUUGGCGGGAACUGGAACACGCUGUCGUACACGUCAAUACAGAGCAUCCCAAACAUGCUCAAUGGGUGACAUGUCUGGUGAGUAUGCAGGCCAUGGAAGAACUAGGACAUUUUCAGUUUCCAGGAAUUGUUUACAGAUCCUUCCGACAUGGGGCCGUGCAUUAACAUGCUGAGACAUGAGUGGUGGAUGAAUAGCACGACAAUGGGCCUCAGGAUCUCGUCACGGUAUCUCUGUGCAUUCAAAUUGCCAUUGAUAAAAUGCAAUUGUGUUCGUUGUCCGUAGCUUAUGCCUGCCCAUACCAUAACCUCACCGCCACCAUGGGGCAGUCAAGACCCUGAGUGACGAGCACGCAGAUGAUCUACCCAGAGACCGUUUCUGACAGUUUGUGCAGAAAUUAUUCCAUUGUGCAAACUCACAGUUUCAUCAGCUGUCCGGGUGGCUGGUCUCAGACGAUACAGCAGGUAAAGAAGCUGUUUGUGGAGGUUCUGGGCUGGCAUAGUUACACGUGGUCAUGUGGCUCAUGGUAGAGAACUUAACAUUAAAUUAUCUGACAAAAGCUCUGGUGGACAUUCCUGCAGUCAGCAUGCCAAUUGCACGAUCCCUCAAAACUUGAGACAUCUGUGGCGUUGUGUGACAAAACUGUACAUUUUAGAGUGGCCUUUUAUUGUCCCCAGCACAAGGUGCACCUGUGUCAUGAUCAUGCUGUUUAAUCAGCUUCUUGAUAUGCCACACCUGUCUGGUGGUUGGAUUAUCUUGGCAAAGGAGAAAUGCUCUCUAACAGGGAUGUAAACAAAUUUGUGAACAAAAUGUUAUAAAUGUAUGGUAUUGACAGUACCAGUCAAAACGUUUGGAAACACCUACUCAUUCAAGGGUUUUUCUUUAUUUUUUACAUUGUAGAAUAAUAGUGAAGACAUCAACUAUGAAAUAACACAUAUGGAAUCAUGUAGUAACCAAAAAAGUGUUAAACAAAUCACCAGCAAAGCACCCCCAAACCAUCACACCACCUCUUCCAUGCUUCUUAAAUUUGGACUCGUCAGACCAAAGGUCAGAUUUCCACCGGUCUAAAGUCAAUUGCUCGUGUUUCUCGGCCCAAGCAAGUCUCUUCUUCUUAUUGGUGUCCUUUAGUAGUGGUUCCUUUGCAGCAAUUUGACCAUGAAGGCCUAAUUUCACCUCUGAACAGUUGAUGUUGAGAUGUCUGUUACUUGAACUCUGAAGCAUUCAUUUGGGCUGCAAUCUGAGGUGCAAUUAACUCUAAUGAAUUUAUCCUCUGCAGCAGAGGUAACUCUGGGUCUUCCUUUCCGGUGGCGGUCCUCACGAGAGCCAGUUUCAUCAUAGCGCUUAAUGUUUUUUGAAAAUUCUUGAAAUGUUCCGGAUUGACUGACCUUCAUGUCAUAAAGUAACGAUGGACUGUCAUUUCUCUUUGGUUAUUUGAGCUGUUCUUGCCAUAAUAUGCACUUGGUCUUUUACCAAAUAGGGCUAUCUUCUGUAUACCAACCCUACCUUGUCACAACACAACUGAUUGGCUCAAACGCAUUAAGAAGGAAAGAAAUUCCACAAAUUAACUUUUAAGAAGGCACACCUGUUAAUUGAAAUGCAUUCAAGGUGACUACCUCAUGAAGCUGGUUGAGAGAAUACCAAGAGUGUGCAAAGCUGUCAUCAAGGCAAAGGGUGGCUACUUUGAAGUACUUUUUUUUGGUUACUACACGAUUCCAUAUGUGUUAGUUCAUAGUUUUGGUGUCUUCACUGUUAUUCUACAAUGUAGAAAAUAGUAAAAAUAAUGAAAUACCCUCGAAUGAGUAGGUGUGUCCAAACUUUUGACUGGUACUGUAUGUACAGUUGAAGUCGGAAGUUUACAUACACCUUAGCCAAAUACAUUUAAACUCAGUUUUUCACAAUUCCUGACAUUUAAUCAUAGUAACAAUUCCCUGUCUUAGGUCAGUUAGGAUCACCACUUCAUUUUAAGAAUGUGAUAUGUCAGAAUAAUAGUAGAGAGAGUUAUUUAUUUCAGCUUUUAUUUCUUUCAUCACAUUCCCAGUGGGUCAGAAGUUUAUAUACACUCAAUUAGUAUUUGUUAGCAUUGCCUUUAAAUUGUUUAAUUUGGGUCAAACGUUUUGGGUAGCCUUCCACAAGCUUACAAUAACUUGGGAGAAUUUUGGCCCAUUCCUCCUGCCAGAGCUGGUGUAACUGAGUCAGGUUUGUAGGCCUCCUUUCUCGCACACACCUUUUCAUUUCCGCCCACACAUUUUCUAUAGGAUUGAGUUCAGGGCUUUGUGAUGGCCACUCCAAUACCUUGACUUUGUUGUCCUUAAGCCAUUUUGCCACAACUUUGGAAGUAUGCUUGGGGUCAUUGUCCAUUUGGAAGACCCAUUUGCGACCAAGCUUUAACUGAUGUCUUGAGAUGUUGCUUCAAAAAUAUCCACAUCAUUUUCCUUCCUCAUGAUGCCAUCUAUUUUGUGAAGUGCACCAGUCCCUCCUGCAGCAAAGCACCCCCACAGCAUGAUGCUGCCACCCCAGUGCUUCACGGUUGGGAUGGUGUUCUUCGGCUUGCAAGCACCCCUUUUUUCCUCCAAACAUAACAAUGGUCAUUAUGGCCAAACAGUUCUAUUUUUGUUUCAUCAGACCAGAGGACAUUUCUCCAAAAAGUACGAUAUUUGUCCCCAUGUGCAGUUGCAAACCGUAGUCUGGCUUUUUUUAUGGCGGUUUUGGAGCAGUGGCUUCUUCCUUGCUGAGCGGCCUUUCAGCUUAUGUCGAUAUAGGACUAGUUUUCUAUGGAUAUAGAUAGUUUUUGUACCUGUUUCCUCCAGAAUCUUCACAAGUCCUUUGCUGUUGUUCUGGGAUUGAUUUGCACUUUUCGCACCAAAGUUCAUUCAUCUCUAGGAGACAGAACGCAUCUCCUUCCUGAGCGGUAUGACGGCUGCGUGGUCCCAUGGUGUUUAUACUUGCGUACUAUUGUUUGUACAGAUGAACGUGGUACCUUCAGGUGUUUGGAAAUUGCUCCCAAGGAUGAACCAGACUUGUAGAGGUCUACAAUAAUUUUUCUGAGGUCUUGGCUGAUUUCUUUUGAUUUUCCCAUGAUGUCAAGCAAAGAGUCACUGAGUUUGAAGGUAGGCCUUGAAAUACGUGUGUGUGUGUGUGUGUGUGUGUGUGUGUGUGUAUGUGUGUGUGUAUAUGUGUAUGUAUAUGCAUGACACAGUGCAUUGUAUUAAACAAAACUGGUACGGUCUCCCUCUUCCCAUCCCUCCCUGCCACCCUCUCCUCCCUCCCGCUUCCUCCUUUUCCCUCCCUCUCUUUCUCCCUCCCUCUAUACUCUCCCGUUCCCCCCAGGAGGAUGUGAAGUCCCUGACAGCCCAUAUAGUAGAGAACUACUGGAAGGCUCUGGAGGAUGUGAACUACGUUCAGACCUUUAAAGGACUGAAGCUGCGCUACGAACAGCAGAGGGAGAGGCAGGACAACCCCAAACUGGACAGGUAAUAUAUUGACAACCCCAAACUGGACAGGUAAUAUAUUGACAACCCCAAACUGGACAGGUAAUAUAUUGACAACCCCAAACUGGACAGGUAAUAUAUUGACAACCCCAAACUGGACAUGUAAUAUAUUGACAACCCAAACUGGACAGGUAAUACACUGCUCAAAAAAAUAAAGGGAACACUAAAAUAACACAUCCUAGAUCUGAAUGAAUGAAACAAUCUUAUUAAAUACUUUUUUUCUUUACAUAGUUGAAUGUGCUGACAACAAAAUCACACACAAAUUAUCAAUGGAAAUCAAAUUUAUCAACCCAUGGAGGUCUGGAUUUGGAGUCACCCUCAAAAUUAAAGUGGAAAACCACACUACAGGCUGAUCCAACUUUGAUGUAAUGGCCUUAAAACAAGACAAAAUGAGGCUCAGUAGUGUGUGUGGCCUCCGUGCCUGUUUGACCUCCCUACAACGCCUGGGCAUGCUCCUGAUGAGGUGGCGGAUGGUCUCCUGAGGGAUCUCCUCCCAGACCUGGACUAAAGCAUCCUCCAACUCCUGGACAGUCUGUGGUGCAACGUGUCGUUGGUGGAUGGAGCGAGACAUGAUGUGCUCAAUUGGAUUCAGGUCUGGGGAACGGGCGGGCCAGUCCAUAGCAUCAAUGCCUUCCUCUUGCAGGAACUGCUGACACACUCCAGCCACAUGAGGUCUAGCAUUGUCUUGCAUUAGGAGGAACCCAGGGCCAACCGCACCAGCAUAUGGUCUCACAAGGGGUCUGAGGAUCUCAUCUCGGUACCUAAUGGCAGUCAGGCUACCUCUGGCGAGCACAUGGAGGGCUGUGCAGCCCCCCAAAGAAAUGCCACCCCACACCAUGACUGACCCACCGCCAAACCGGUCAUGCUGGAGGAUGUUGCAGGCAGCAGAACGUUCUCCACGGCGUCUCCAGACUCUGUCACGUCUGUCACAUGUGCUCAGUGUGAACCUGCUUUCAUCUGUGAAGAGCACAGGGCGCCAGUUGCGAAUUUGCCAAUCUUGGUGUUCUCUGGCAAAUGCCAAACGUCCUGCACGGUGUUGGGCUGUAAGCACAACCCCCACCUGUGGACGUCGGGCCCUCAUACCGCCCUCAUGGAGUCUGUUUCUGACCGUUUGAGCAGACACAUGCACAUUUGUGGCCUGCUGGAGGUCAUUUUGCAGGGCUCUGGCAGUGCUCCUGCUCCUCCUUGCACAUACGCGGAGGUAGCAGUCCUGCUGCUGGGUUGUUGCCCCUCCAUAAAUUGGGCCUCCUCCACGUCUCCUGAUGUACUGGCCUGUCUCCUGGUAGCGCCUCCAUGCUCUGGACACUACGCUGACAGACACAGCAAAUCUUCUUGCCACAGCUCGCAUUGAUGUGCCAUCCUGGAUGAGCUGCACUACCUGAGGCACUUGUGUGGGUUGUAGACUCCGUCUCAUGCUACCACUAGAGUGAAAGCACCGCCAGCAUUCAAAAGUGACCCAAACAUCAGCCAGGAAGCAAAGGAACUGAGAAGUGGUCUGUGGUCACCACCUGCAAAACCAGUCCUUUAUUGGGGGCGUCUUGCUAAUUUGCCUAUAAUUUCCACCUGUUGUCUAUUCCAUUUGCACAACAGCAUGUGACAUUUAUUGUCAAUCAGGGUUGCUUCCUAAGUGGACAGUUUGAUUUCACAGAAGUGUGAUUGACUUGGAGUUACAUUGUGUUGUUUAAGUGUUCCCUUUAUUUUUUUGAGCAGUGUAUAUUGACAACCCCAAACUGGACAGGUAAUAUAUUGACAACCCCAAACUGGACAGGUAAGGUAUUGACAACCCCGAAGCGGACAGGUAAUGUAUUGACAACCCCAAACUGGACAGGUAAUGUAUUGACAAUGGUUGGAUGAGUGAUUUAAUGGAUGGAAGGACAGAUGGAAUCAAAAUUCUGGUAGUGAUGUUUGGAGUUGGUGGUGGGCGUUCUAUCUGUGGUUGUUUGGGAAUGACUGCCGUUAGCUACAGGGUGAGUGAGUGGUCGUUUUUUGGCUUUGAAGGAAUCCGAUUGGCUAGUGCUACUGUCUUUUGCCGCGACUCGAUCUAAUGGUCGAAAAUGCAUAAAGAUGGCAGAAUUAAAAGAUAUGUCAUUGUUUUAGCGCUGUCCACUGACUGUUUAAACUACGGCAGGCAACAUGGUACAAUGUGCCAAUAAAUCAGCACAAUCUACUUUUUAGUUUUUUCUAAUUGCCGGCGUCUUGAAGCUAGAAUUGGGAUCAUGUGCACUGUGCUGAUGACUGUACGAGAAAAGAGUAACGGAGAGCACUGUACAGUAAUGAGAACAUGGCAAUUUGUGAAAAGUGCAUGGGGGCCGUUAUAGUUAUGCCCCUCCACUAUUGGCUUUACCAAUGUUUUAAAACAUUUUACAGUUUGGAAUCCGCCGGUUCUUAUUGAUUGCUAUUCAUGAUGUAUCUGUAAGUCGACUCUACAGUCACGGUCAGGCGUAACCGUUGGUCACCUCCCUUCACACAGCAUGCGGUCCAUCCUGAGGAACCACCGCUUCCGCCGGGACGCACGGACGUUGGACGACGACGAGGAGAUGUGGUUCAACGCGGACGAGGACGAGCUGGAGGACGGCGAGGCGGUGGUGCCCCCCUCGGACAACAAGACCACCAAGACUAGCGGCGCCGCGGAGAACGAAGACCUCAUGGACCCCAUCAGCAAGUUCAUGGAGAGGAAGAAACGUAGGUCGCAGGGAAAGAAUGCAUGAAUUGCUGGCAGAACUGGCCUGGUUCAAAUACAUGUUAUGUGAAAUACAGUUUUUAGGUUACACCUGUUUUGGCUUGGAAUUUGUACUUUUGGGAUUAUGCAAUUGGUUCUGUUGCUCUGAGUAAACACAAUGUAAGCGCAGCUCAUACAUUCGACGGUAGCUGACAUACUCUAUGUACUGAGAACGAAGUAAGUCGUGUCUUGCGUCUUUAAAAACGGUCAAACUGACGGCCUACAACUGUCUGUAUCUCGGUCUCUCGGCCCCACAGUGAAAGACUCAGACGACAAGGAAGUUCUGGGCAAGUCCAGUAGUCUGUCGGGCCGCCAGAGCCCCAGCUUCAAGCUGUCCUUCUCCGGCUCCACUACCAAGACCAGCCUGUCCAGCCCGCCCUCCUCCGCCUCGCUGCACCCCGGCUCGCCAGGCUCCCCAGGAUCGCCAGGGGCCAAGGGCUCGCCCCCGACAGCAGUCACCACCAAGGUGGGUAGUAGUAGCUAACCCACCUCCAUGUGUUCCUUAAGGCACGGAACAACAGAAAAUAUUUGUUCAAUGUUUCCCGAUGGAAAAUGAAAAUCCAGGUAACCCUCCCAGUUUGUCAGUAGUCUUCAUUCUGUGCAUAAUAAUGGGGUGAUUUUGGGGGGGGGUUGGGAGGUGGUUUAGUAGUUUAGGUGUUACAGAAGACAGGGAUAGUUUACCCAUAGUAUAACAUGGACAUUUUGUUUUCCUUACCUUGAAAGCAGUCUGGAGAAGGACAGACUGCAAUCCACACUUUGGGUUUGUUUACAGAGCAACUGCCAACAACCGCUGACUUUUAGCAUUUGCAAACCAAAAACCAGUAGUUUUACCCCAAAUUAGCAUUAUUUGGAUGAACUAUCCCUCCUUGAAAGGUGAGGUGUCUGCUAGCUUUGCACAGUCUAAUGCAGGAGUCUCAAACUCAAAUUACCUGGGGGCCAACACCCAUCUUGCUGCUGUUAUAGGUGGCCAUUUUGAGUAAUGCCAACAUUGUGCAAAAUAUUAUUUGUGUGGUGUUAGGUGCUCAUUUAACAUAUUUGCUAGCAUUCUAUGUUAGUGGUUGGACUUGUUGCAGCCGUUAUGUAGAUUGUUGUGCCAGCGUAUGUGGUCUAUGGUUACUCCAAAGAUAUGUGGCAUGUAAUAUGCGAUAGUAAUAAACGUAGUUGUGCAUUGGGUUGAUUCCAAUAGGGAAGAAGUCCUCUGGAUGGGAAGCAGAUAUCAGUCUGUGGGCCCCAAGAAAGUUUCUUGUGGUCCUGAUGUGGCCCCCAGGUCUGGAGUUUAGUAGUUAUUUUUGUUUCUUCUUUAAAUCUGAAGAUCAGAUCUGAAUAGAUGAAUUAUCUCUCCAUCUCUCUCAGGGAGGUCUGGUGGGGCUGGUGGACUACCCCGACGACGACGAGGAGGAAGAGGACGGCGAGAGUAAAGAGGAGACUCCGCCCCUGUCCAAGAAGUCCAAGCUGAGCUCCUAAUAAUAAAAAUAAAAAAACGUUAAUAUUGUUCCUCUCUCAGAGCGCCAGACUAUUUUCCACCGAUCCCACGAUAGGCACAGAAAACUAACAAAAACUGUUAAAACCAUGAAUGACCCCACCCCCUUGGUUUUCAAUGGUGGCUCUUUUUGAGGAGUGGACUAUGAAUGGAAACGCGUCUCCUCGGACUAAUCCCAAUAUACAAGUGCCAAUCUGGAGGCCGUGGAGCUAGGAGCGAACGCAGCAAACGAACGGACAAGAGAGAAAGGCGUGGAGAAAAUACUAUUUCCGAUAUUGGCGUCAGAUAAAAGGGGCGGACUGACGAUUUCUAAUUCAACAAAGCUAAAAUAUCACAUUUAUCUACACACACACUCGCUACAAACAAAAACCCCAAAGAGCUUGCGGGCUCAGACCAUGACUCACUGCCCCACCCCCAACCCCCCACUCAGGGAAGGACAUUGCAGCGACCCCCAAAAUGGGGCCGGCCAAUCCAGAAGCAGAACCACCACCACUCACCCCCUACGCUGACUCCUCCUCUCAGCUCCUCUCUCUCUGUCCUCCAUCCGCUACAUUCUCCC